AUGACUUCAAAUGAUAAUGGUGGAGUUGAAGAAGAGAAAUCAAACGGAUGUAGAGUGAAACCUAUAGUCAAUCUUCACAUUGAAACCUCUCGCAGGGGACUUCUUAGGGAUGAAGGUUCUCAAACUCGGGGGGAUAGUACUGCUACAACUCCUACUCCUCUAAUCAAUAGAACCCCAAGUUUUCUUGUAUUUGGCAAUUUAGGUACUCCAACUGCAAAAUUCCAAAGAAUUGCCCAAGAAAGAGACGAUUUCUCACGCACAGUUCCCUCAAGUGCAAGUCAAGCAAUUCGUGAUCGCUUCACUCAAGUCUUCUCCAAGAAAAUUGACUGGAUUUCCCUCCAAAAAUUAGCCAAAGAAUGGAUAAGAAACCCCAUGAACAUGGUUCUCUUAAUCUGGAUCAUAGUUGUUGCUAUCUCAGGUGCAAUCCUCUUUCUUGUCAUGACAGGUAUGUUAAACCACGUCCUUCCAAGAAAGACCCAAAGAGACGCUUGGUUUGAAGUCAACAACCAAAUCUUAAAUGCCCUUUUUACCCUCAUGUGUCUUUACCAACAUCCCCACAGGCUUUACCACCUUGUACUCCUCAUAAGAUGGAAACCAGAAGACAUUUCAAAAUUAAGAAAAUUAUACUGCAAGGAUGGAACUUAUAAACCUCAUGAAUGGGCCCACAUGUUGGUUGUUGUCUUGUUACUUAACCUAAACUGUUUCGCACAAUACGCGUUAUGUGGUCUCAAUGUCGGGUACAGGAGAUCAGAAAGACCAGCAAUCGGAGUCGGAAUCACCAUUUCCGUAGCAAUCGGCGCUCCCGCAAUCGCUGGUGUGUAUUCCGUCGUGAGCCCCCUCGGAAAGGAAUACGAUUCCGCUCCUUCCGAUGAAGAAUCGCAACUUAAACCGGAAAGCAACCGAGGGAAGUCUUUCCAAAGAAGAUUCUCAUUCACCCCAAAAGACGAGAGCACAAUCGAAACUAUUUUUGUGUUUUUGGAUGGAAUAUGGAGCGACUUGGAUUUGGAAACAUCAAGAGAGGCAUUGGGGAUUACGGGGAUAUUUCUGUGUGUGUUUGGGUUGCUUUAUGGUGGGUUUUGGAGGAUUCAAAUGAGAAAAAGAUUCAAUCUGCCACCUUCUGAUUCCUGUUGUGGGAGACCUGCUGUUACUGAUUGUGCAUUGUGGCUAUUCUGUUGCUGGUGUACGCUUGCUCAGGAAGUCCGGACUGGAAACAUGUAUGACAUUAAAGAGGAUAAGUUUUAUAAGAAACCCGGGGAGGAGGUAGCCGUUCCGAUUCCGUUAUCAACUCUGCCACGAGAACAGGAAUCUGGAUUCCAUUCCGGUCCCAGUUCUCCACCACAGAAUAGCUCUGCCAGGCAGCCAUCAGAUUUGGAGGAUUCGCAUUCGAGAGGUAAAGAUGUAACUCUGGAACCACCGAUUCCAUCUUUAAUACAUAGAGAAGACAAUUGA